AUGGAGCCGGGGCUGUGGCUCCUCUUCGGGCUCACGGUGACCUCCGCCGCAGGACUGGUGCCUCGCCCCCAGCCUGGGGGCGCUGGCAGGAGCGGAGUGCCUGGGGCCCUCCCUGCAGCCGGCUCUGAAGGGGACAUCGAGGACAUUGAGGCUACUACACUCUUGCGGAGCCCAAGUCCCAGAACCCCGGGGCCGGAGUGGGAGCCAGGACAGCCCAGGGCACCGGCGUCGGAGGGGGGUCCUGUGCGCCACAGAGCAAGGCGCUGCACGUGUUUCACCUACAAGGACAAGGAGUGUGUCUACUAUUGCCACCUGGACAUCAUCUGGAUCAACACUCCCGAGCGGACGGUGCCCUAUGGAUUAUCCAACUACAGAGGAGGCUUCCGGGCCAGGAGGUCGGCAGGGCGGUUCCCGCGGAGCCCACAGCCAUCCACGCGGACACUGCGCUGCGCUUGUGCGCGGGGCCAGGACAGCGCCUGCCUGCAGUUCUGUGCCCGCACCCUGGCUGUCAGCAGGGGCUCAGGGACAGCGGAGCAUCCUGACAAAGAGGAAGAGCCGGCCGGCGGUGCCGAAGGAGGCCCGCGUCCCAGGAGACCCAGCCGGAAGGAGGGGGCCAUUCAGGAUCUGGGAACCAUUGAGUCCCGGCCUGACCGAAGCUCCUGGGAUCGGAGUGGAAGAAGAGAGGGGGAGUCCACAGAGUGGGGAGUGGGGCCGGCUACGGGGGUGCGCGGGGCCCUCUGCGGGGAGCGGAUGCAGGGCUCCGAGUUCAAAAGUGCAGGGAUUUCUGGACCGAGACAGCAGGGCACCAGCCGGAACGCUGCCACCCUGACCGCCACCAUCAAUAAUCCGUGGAUGAAGGAAAACCUCACGCCCAAGGACAGUCGGUCGGGGGACCUGGCCGGUGGGACCCCCCUUGCCGACCCCGGAGCAGACAGCGCGGAUGGUGAAAACGUGAUGACGGCGAAGGGUGACGGAACAUUCCUGGAGAAGUUCCAGGCCCCUUGA